AAAAUUUUCAUUAUAUCUUCGACAUCCAAGUGAGUCAUUUAAUUUAAAAUUAUUUGUAAAUAUAAAUUUUUCUCGAAAAAAUACCAAAAUCCCUGGAAUUGGAAUAAGUUAUUAAAUCAUGUCAGAAAUAAAGAAAAAAGAAUCCAAAGUACAAACAAAAAAACGUGCAGUUUCCGACAAUGAAUCUGAAUUUUCAAGUGACGAACGAGAUUCUGAGGAUGAGUCUCCGAUAAGAAGUCGUACUCCAUCAAAGAGGAAAGUCACCAAUUUAGAGCAAAAAGAUGACUUGGGACUGCAACCGAGUGAUGCAUCAAGACGACGACGGGGAGGAAGAAGUCGACGACGCGGGCGUCGCAGUCGUAGCCGCAGACGCAGUGGCAGACGUUCGUCCCGAUCGAGGCGACGACGCUAAAGGCUUUUUUUUCUUCCUAUUGUUUCGACAAAAUUAUUAUAGUUUUUGAAAAUUGGUUGUGUAAACUUUUUAAACAAUAAAAUUAUAAACGUGUGAUUUUCUUUUAAAAAGAA